AGAGCAACAGCUGGACUGAAGCCAAGGGACUUACACUGUGCUUCCUCGCUGCCAGCAGGCUUUGUUCUUUGGAAUCAGUCAGAACUAGAGCGAACGUCUUCAUUGCUGAUCGUGACUGGUUGGAAUUUGGCAACUCGGCUGUGGCUGUCCUAUUAAUUUUUUACUGUGCUCUUCUGCAAGCUGAAUUUAGAGCAGCAAAGCUAAGAGCCAGGGAUAGUCAAGAAAAAAAGGAUCCAGAGACCAUCAGCUUCUUUGUGGGGGGUGGGGUCCAUCCGUUCCACAACGAUGGUUCUGUGAAGGAAAAGAACUCCAUAAUACCCCUGACAUUCAGAUCCAUUCUGGAAGUGGAGGACUUCAUUCACUAAUUAUAGCAGAAGCCUUUGAAGACGAUACUGGACGCUAUACUUGUCUGGCUUCAAAUUCCCUUGGUUCAGAUAGUACAUCAGCUGAAAUAUUCAUUGAAGGUGCCAGUUCCACAGAUUCAGAGAGUGAAAGUUUAAUUUUCAAAUCAAAAUCUGGAGCUAUGCCACAAGCCCAAAAGAAAACCACAUCUGUUUCCUUGACAAUAGGAUCUUCUACACCAAAGUCUGGAGUCACCACAGCUGUUAUUCAACCUAUCUCUCUGCCCAGUCAGCAGAUUCAAAGCCCUACUUCAUACCUCCACCGUGUGGAUGGACCUAAGUCUGGCUGUUCUGCACCUGUUUUUACAAAGGGGCUACAAAACUCCACAGCAUCUGAGGGACAAGUCGUGGUAUUGGAAUGCAGGGUCAGAGGACCCCCUCCCAUUCAUGUUAAGUGGUUUCGACAGGGUGUUGAAAUCCAAGACUCUCCAGACUUCAGAAUUCUCAAAAAAAAAGAGAUAUGUACCCUUGUGAUUGCAGAAGCUUUUCCUGAAGAUUCAGGACUGUUCACGUGCACAGCAACAAAUGACCAUGGUUCAGUAACAAGCAGUGCGCAGCUAACGGUCUGCUCAGCCAACUCAGAAAGUUCUAAUCAUGAAUCACUGACGAGAGAAUCCAACACUAAUGAUCUCCAUCAAUUCCCACCACUUCCUCCAAUUGAAAUUAGUUCUCUUGAGCAUCCUCCUAAGAAAUAUGCAGAGACCCAUCAAGCAAACAACACUGAACUGAGAUCUGGUGUGACAGCCCUUCAGCUACAGCUCAAUUCAUUUGAGGAAGAAACAAAUGGUAUCCAUCCCAUUCAUGGAGUAAAUGGAAUGAUUAACAGCAAGCCAAAUGAUGAUAAAUCCAUCCCAUCACCAUGUGCCUUGCUUUCACCCACAAAGGAGCCACCACCUGUGCUUGCCAAACCGAAGUUGUGA